AUGGCCCCCAACCUUCGUAAAAACCACCAACUACUAAAAAUCAUCAACAAUGCCCUAAUUGACCUCCCCACACCAUCAAACAUCUCAACUUGAUGAAACUUCGGGUCUCUUCUGGGCCUAUGCCUAAUUACCCAAAUCGUUACAGGCCUCCUGCUAGCCAUACACUACACAGCAGACACCAACCUCGCCUUCUCCUCUGUAGCCCACAUAUGCCGAGACGUACAAUUCGGCUGACUCAUCCGCAACCUUCAUGCAAACGGAGCCUCCUUCUUUUUCAUCUGCAUCUACCUACACAUCGGCCGAGGACUUUACUACGGCUCAUACCUGAACAAAGAAACCUGAAACAUCGGAGUUAUCCUCCUACUAACCCUAAUAGCAACUGCCUUCGUAGGAUAUGUCCUACCAUGAGGCCAAAUAUCAUUCUGAGGAGCUACCGUCAUCACUAACCUAUUCUCAGCAAUCCCCUACAUUGGACAAACACUAGUAGAAUGAGCCUGAGGAGGAUUUUCAGUAGAUAACCCCACAUUAACCCGAUUCUUCGCUCUCCAUUUCCUCCUCCCAUUCGUUAUCGUAGGCCUCACACUAGUUCACCUCACCUUCCUUCACGAAACAGGAUCAAACAACCCACUCGGCAUCCCCCCCGAUUGUGACAAAAUUCCUUUCCACCCAUACUACACCAUCAAAGACAUCCUAGGAUUCGCACUAAUACUUUCCCUACUAGUCGCCCUAGCCCUAUUCUCCCCCAACCUCCUAGGGGACCCAGAAAACUUCACACCAGCCAACCCCCUAGUAACACCCCCACACAUUAAACCAGAAUGAUACUUCCUAUUUGCCUACGCCAUCCUCCGAUCCAUCCCAAACAAACUAGGAGGUGUACUAGCCCUAGCCGCCUCAAUUCUCGUCCUAUUCCUAACCCCACUACUUCAUACAUCAAAACUACGAUCAAUGACCUUCCGCCCUAUCUCACAAAUCUUAUUCUGAGCCCUAGUAACCAACGUCCUCAUCCUAACCUGAGUAGGCAGCCAACCAGUAGAACACCCAUUCAUCAUCAUUGGGCAACUAGCCUCAUUCACCUACUUCCUAAUCAUUCUAGUCCUAUUCCCCCUUGCAGGUCUCCUAGAGAACAAAAUCCUCAAACUCUAA